AUGACCCUCUGGCCAGACGGAGUGGUGGGCCCUGGGCCACCUUCUGGCUCUGCUCGAGCCCCGACCGACCCCAGGGCCGAGGUGGACAGCGCGGUCCUCCUAACGCGCUCGCUCCUGGCCGACACCCGGCAGCUGGCUGCACUACUGAGAGACAAGUUCCCAGCUGACGGAGACCACAGUCUGGAUUCUUUGCCCACCUUGGCCAUGAGCGCAGGAGCCCUGGGAGCCCUGCAGUUGCCAGGGGUGCUGACAAGGCUUCGCGUGGACCUGCUGUCCUACCUGCGGCACGUGCAGUGGCUACGCCGGGCAGGUGGCCCUUCCCUGAGGACCUUGGAGCCCGAGCUGGGUGCCUUGCAGGCACGGCUAGACCUGCUCCUGCGGCGGCUGCAGCUCUUGGUAUCCCACUUGGCCUUGCCCCAGGCAUCCCUGGACCAGCCGCCUGUGCCCCUGGGUCCCCCCACCUCGCCAUGGGGGAGCAUCAGGGCAGCCCACGCCAUCCUUGGAGGGCUGCAUCUCACUCUGGACUGGGCUGUACGUGGCCUGCUGCUGCUGAAGACCCGGCUGUGA